UUCAAUACAAUCUAAGCCAAUCGAUACAAUCUAUACCCAUUGCAGCCAUCGCCAGUACAAUCACUAAUCAGACACCAGUACAAUAACACAUGGACUGAAUGGCCUAAUUCAGUAACCUGAAACGGUGCACUGGAUUAUUAAUUAUUAUGACUAACGUUGAGCGAGCAAAAGUAAAGAAAAAAAAUUUUUUUUUGUCUCCUUAUAUAUCGAAGGUGCCCGUGUUUUCCAACUGCUUCCUCUUCUUCUCUUCUUCAGUCAACGAUGAACUUUCAACCUACUGAUUACUUGACCAACUUGAACCUUGACUUUGAUCAAGACGUCAGCCCCCGCUUGAACGAUACCCCAUCCACCACCAGCACCAACGACUUGGAUCUAUUCUCUGGAGUUGAAUUUUUUGAUUUGGAUGUUUUUUCAAAUGAUUCAUCUGCUCCUUCUAAACAACAACAAAGAUUACAAAAAGAUGAUUUGUCCCAGUUCUUAAAUCUUCCCGGCCCAAAAGCGGAAUCCAAUCAAGUUUCCGAAGAAGUUUCUGAACAGGUUCAACCUCAAGAAGAACAAUUAAUUCCUCCAACUAGAAAAAUUGCUACUGCUGCCGUUGAAGAUAAAAGAAAAAGAAAUACUGCAGCCAGUGCUAGAUUUAGAAUUAAAAAGAAGUUGAAAGAACAACAAAUGGAACAACAUGCCAAAGAAUUACAAGACCGUAUUGGUAGUUUGGAAAAAAAAAUGAAGACUUUGGAAAUGGAAAAUAAAUGUCUUAAAAAUCUUAUAUUACAGAAAAAUGAAGAUAAAAACUUUGAUUUAUUAGAAAGUAUUAAAAAGAGAUCAAGAUUAGAUUCUGAUUAUCAAUUUACUACUUAGAAUAUUUCCCAGUUCAAUUAUAUCAACAAUCUUGGUUAAAAUCCAACUUUUAAUCAAGCAGUUUCCCCUUGCUUACUUGUCACGACUAACCCCUAAUGUUUACGAGUGUAAUA